AUGUUUGUCUCAUCUCUCAUUCUUCUCGCAGGAGGCGCGGCAAUGGCUGUGGCAGAUGGAUGCCACGGCGACAACCUCCUCCGGGCUAUGGAGCGGCACAACGGGACGAUGUACUGCUCCAUGCUCCUGAACUCUGGCGACGCCACUGGGACGCUGAGUUUACCGGAUCCUAUGCCGACGAGCUAUCCCGCCCUUCUCGACCCAACACCUCGGGCACCUUGCCACGCAAAUGCGACGGCAACGCCGGCAGCUGAUUACUCUACUGAAGUCGAUGAUCCCGGAGCAACUAACGCAGCAUCAGCCACGGCAGCCUCGGAUUCCCAUACCAUUCCAACAGCCCACGCAACUUUCGAAGGGGGUUACUCUUAUUCCUUCCCCGGCCCACCUAUCCCAUCCGAGACAGCGUCGACGUGUGGUUGGGGCGAGGUGACCGCCACAGUUCAAGUCACAGAAACGCAAGUCAGCACGAUCUAUAUCUACAGCUCCGAGAUCCCAAACCCAAGCAGCGCGCAGAGUCUUUCAUCCGUGAGUGACGGCGACAGCGGUGGUCGGCCUGUCCCGCUUUCCACGACGAAGACUAUCACCGGCGACGCUAGUGGGACUGCAUCUGGGUUCGUGUCGACUAUAACGUUGAUCGGAGACUCUACCGUUAGUUUGCCCACGCAACCUGGGACGACGGUUGAAUCGACGGCAGCAGUGCCAAGAGUGAUUACGAUUACCAACGGGAACUACACGACAGUCAAGACAAUUUUUGGGAGCGCCUCUGAGCCGAGUUCUACAAAGUCCAUGGUGGGAAUCACUUCGGUUAUCAACGGGGUUACGACGACCAUCACUGGAGCUCCUGGAUCGUCUUCUUGGAGUCUGUCUUGGCUUUCUGGCACUACUGGUGCUCCGAGCCAACAAACAACAGUCGGUACGCCCAAUGUUCCACCUGCAGUCACCACAAUCACGAGUGAUGUCGGCGGGGUGGCAUCGACUUGGGUCGUUACGCUCGGCAGAAGCACCAGCAGCGGUCCUUUCGCCAACAGCAGCACACCGACUCAACUCCCGACCCCCUCAGAAACCACCCCGGGUGCCUUCACUGUCUUCACGAGCAUCAUCAAUGGGGAUGCUUCGACGUGGACCGUGAUAGGUGGCUCAACUCUUGUCGGUUCUCCCAACUCGACCUCGCCCACGUCCACGCCAAGCCCCUCUCAAGCUGCUGAGGUUAGCAUCAUCACGAGCGUCAAUGGAGGGGUUGCUUCUACCUGGACGGUGAUUGGAGGCACAACUGUUGGGAUUCCGUCAAAUGGGAGCGCAGUUCCAACGCCUACUCUGACUCCAUCUGCAAAAGAGACUGGCGCAUUCAGCGUAAUCACAAGCGUGGUUGGUGGUGUUGGCUCAACUUGGACGGUCAUCGGAGGUUCAACCCUCGCUAGAUCUCCAACUCUUAGUGCUACCCCCUCUAUCAUCACAAGCAUCAUUGACGGUGUUGCUUCAUCGUGGACUGUCAUCGGGGGCUCUACCAUCUCCGUGAACCCCAGUGAGAUAUCACCGAGUCCGACGGUAACUGGGGCAGCCACGGUAAUCACGAGUGUGAUAGGAGGGGUCGGGUCAACCUGGAUUGUUAUUGGAGGCUCGACUAUCGCGAACCCAACAAAUGCCACGGGAUCGAUUCCUACACCGGCAACAACUGGCGAUGUAGUUGUUGUCACGAGCAUAAUCGGAGGUGUCGCCUCUUCAUGGACGGUCAUUGGAGGCUCAACAGUCAGUCCAGUGCCAAGCGCUACGACUGCUCCAUCUGAUCUGCCACCUGGUGCGAGCGUUGUUACCAGCGUCAUCGGGGGAGUUGCUUCUUCAUGGACGGUGAUCGGUGGCUCUACCAUCAGUCCGAUUGCAAGCCCACCUUCUGCUUCGGGCGAACUACCACCCGGCGCAACUGUCAUCACGAGCGUUAUUGGGGGCAUCGCCUCGUCUUGGACAGUAAUCGGAGGCUCAACCAUCUUCGCUUCGUCCGACGCCACAGCAGGGUCUCCCACGGCAACCGCUACUCCGACAGUCAUUACUAGUGUCAUUGAUGGUGUGGCUUCAACGUGGACAGUCGUCGACGGUUCCACCAUUUUUGGUACCCUGACGCCAGGCUCUUUGAGUCUGAUAACACCGACAGCUGUCAGCCUGACCGGAGGCGCCACGUUCGUGAGCACUGUCAAUGAUACAGCCCCGACAGCGGGUAGCUCAUCAUCCACGACUGGGUUUUCAUCUGCGCCGGCGAGUACCUCGGCGACCUCAACCUCAAUUUAUGACUCCGCUUUCACGGGUAUCUCGGUCAUUGUAGCGCAGAAUGCGACAUCGUGCUACGCCCUUCCAACACCUACAGCAUCGCUACACGAGUCUCUCCUGAACGUCACUAACCGUACUCCUCCGUACAUCGACGCGUUCUACCUCAAUGAGACUACGCACUCCGUUCAGUACCUCCGCCUGAUAGACAAUGCCACCAACCCAGUUCUCGUCGACGUCUCCGACCCAUCAAGACUUGGAAUCCUUGACAAAGCCGGCAAUGUGCUCUCCAUCGACAGCGAGGGCUUGCACUUUGCCUCGGCAAAUUGCUCACCCAAGAUUGACGUCUUCAUCUCUGGUUUCUUCCAGCAACUGAACACUCUGACAAAUUCGACCUGUACAAACACUACUGAUAUCCCAGUAAACGGCACAGAUCCUCGCCGUCUUCCCGUUUUCAAAGGGACGUUGGCCGAGAUGGCACAAGACGCAUUCGACAUCACUCUCCAUCUCAAAGACCAGUGCGGUAAUCCUGCCCGUGCUGAUCUGCCAGUAUCAGUCGCGCUAGGUGAUACCCAAUGCAUUGUUCUCCCAGAUGCCACGGGAGACUUUGUUGCGAAUUGCGCAUUCCCGGGAAGCGGGAGCGAUUCCAUGGAGUGUGAGACGUCUGUUCAACAGACUCUGGAUCAUUUGACGCAGGGAUCUCUGGUGGGGAGUUGUCCACCUCUCACGUCGGUGUGGAGUCUGCUCUUUCAGCAACUCGGCAGUGUUAUCAACGUCGACGAGCUUCUGCAGCCCUUCAUCGAUGCUGGAUUACAACUUGGCUCUGAUGCCGGCAAGGGAAUCCUGGCUGUUAUUGACAGCUUUAUGAACCUUUACGAUUUCUCGGCCGCAACGUUCAAGAACUCGACUUCGGGCUCUGGAUCGGGUCUAGGUGAUAUUGUUGAGGGAUACGGUGUCACAACUAUCAAGACGGAAGUCUGCCGUUCUCUCAUCUCGACUGAGACGUUGAACCUCACUUUCACGGCUGGAACCUCCACUACACCCAUCUCACUCGCAAACAUAACGGCCCUACCCUCAACAGGCUCAGAGUACGAGCGCAACAUCACGGACCCGACAGCACUUGCAUGCUGCCCGAAUGCAAACGCUUGCAUCGUGCAAGCUGGAGAACGGUUCUACCCACCCGAAGCCUCCAUCCUUGACUCUGACUGCCUCUGCGGCAAGACUCUAGAGGGCGGGGGUAUUGGAUUCCGGACGGGUAGAUGCGUUGGUAUCAAGUUCUACAGGUCUACCACUACUAUCACAUACCGAAAAUACAUGCAAGUAUUCUUAUCAAGUCUCGACAAGCAGAACCCAUACAUUAUCUCUCCAAUCAUGUCUAGUGAUUCGCAAUUCACUAGGGCGAUCCUCGUUACUGGUGCAACCGGCAAACAAGGUGGCGCCGUGAUUGAUGCACUUCUAGAGUCAGAAACCGGAAGCACCUACAAAAUCAUCGCCGUUACCCGCAAUGUCGCUUCUUCUAAGGCCAAAAGCUUAGCAUCUCGUGGGGUCAUUGUCAUUCAGGGCGAUCUCAACGACGUUCCCGCCAUCUUCUCUGACGCCAAAGCAGUAUUGAGCUCUUCUAAUACUGAGCUUUGGGGCUUAUUCAGUGUACAAACGGCCAUUGGCAAAGGAGCAUCGGCAGAACUCGAAGAAGCCCAAGGCAAAGCGCUAGUUGAUGCAGCUCUAUCCAACAACGUCCAGUUCUUCACAUACAGCUCCAUAGACAGAGGCGGAGGAGGUUCAUACGACAACUACGUCCCAAGUGUAUCUCACUUCGUCAGCAAAUAUCGCAUCGAGCAUCACCUGGUUGAGAAAGCGCGCGGCAAGAUGGAUUGGACUAUUCUUCGACCUGUUGCAUUUAUGGAAAAUAUGGAGCCGGGAAUGGGUAUCAAGAUCAUGGCUACAUCGUGGCGCGUCGCGGUCAAGGAUAAGCCUCUGCAGCUGGUUUCUGUCAAAGAUGUAGGACGAGCCGCCGCGAAGGCAUUCCUUCAUCCCCAAGAAUUCGCCGGCAGGCAGAUUCCUUUGGCUGGUGACGAGCUUACGCUGGAAGCUGCUAGUGCUAUCUUCAAGUCUAAGAAGGGGACGGAAAUCCCAGAGACGUUCCAGUUUCUGGUUAGAUUCCUGCAUUGGAUGAUCCCCGAGUUCGGCGCCAUGUACAGAUGGUUCUACACUGAUGGCUUUGGGGUCGAUAUCGCGGCUGUGAAGCGAGAGAACUCCGGGAUGCUGGACUUUGGUUCUUGGGUGGAGAAAGAAUACGAUCAGGAUGGAAAGCGAGUUUGA